AUGAGCGACACCGAAGACGCCGUCAUGCACUCCUGCGGAGAAGAACCUGUGCACAUAUCGCCAAUAGCAAAUCCACUCCUGCGUGGAAAGACGUUGAAACGGUCUUUGAAACUGCUGAAGAGGGCACUCGAAGUCGAGAAGCUUGCAAAAGUGAAACGUUUGGAAGAGGAAGGGGAGGCCGAUACGGUUCUCACACGACUCGUGAAGCGAGGUGUCCAGGACGUCACAAAGGCCAUAAGAAAAGGAAUCCAAGGAGUUGUACUGGUUGCCUGUGACGUACAUCCUAUUGAUGUGGUGGCUCACUUGCCGAUCAUGUGCGAAGAUGCAUGUAUGGCCUAUGCCUAUGUCUCGUCCAAACGAAUUAUAUCGCAAGUGUGUCAGUCAAAACGACCGACAUGCGUUGUGCUCGUCACCAAACCGCCGAAAGACCUUUUGCAGCGCGUAAAAAAACUUGUGCCUGACAGGUAUGAAAGGCUCAACUAUGCCGAUCUUUAUGAGAAGGUGGACAGAGCGAUACGGAGUUCACACCCUUUUAUGUGA